GUAGGGUGUUACGCCUUCGAAAGCAACUUACACAAAAAGGUCAGAUUGAAAACGGAACCCAUACAAAGUGUUCACACUUUUUUCCGAAGCAAAACUUGCUGCUAUCAUGAGUGAUCCCGAUUUUCAUGAUCUUGAAGAGAAUGAGUCACUCUCAACAGAGUCAGUCAACUACUCUGAAAAUAUUAAAAAAAAAACGUAUGCAUCAUGUAGUCCGUGCGAGAAGCACAAGGAAGCAAACCGAUGUAGCCUUCACAGUGGUAGUGUUGGCGGGGAUUCACUACAAAAUGUACCUGAUCAGGCUCUAAAAGAAAUCAAAAUGGCAUCACUCAGUGAGAACUCAUGUUCAGUAUAUAGAGAAAAAGCCUUCACAAUUUACAUCAACGGUCUCCCCGCAGUAAUCUCCAGCGUAGAGCCUUUUGUGAAUCCACAUCAACUAUUUCCGCAGUCCGGUUUGUUAUUCUUGGAUGUCACCUCUCAAAUACAGAUGACAAAGGUAUCUGAAUCGCUAAAACAGGAAUACACAAGAUUGCUGACAGACAGUGAAGCUGAACGAGAGCGGCUACGUAAAAAGUUAAAAAUCAAUCGAAUUCAGAUUGCUCGAAUUGAUCAGUGCAUGGGGAAAUGUCGGAAAGGAGAAAAGUUUAACGUUACAAUGGGAGUCGCGGAAUCUACUAAGGAAUGUGGUAUUGAUAAGAAGCAGACUGCAAUCUUAUCAACACCGCAUACUGAGCUUUACGUGGCUAAUAAAACACUUGCAACCACAGUACCAGGAAACUGUAAACUGAAAGCCCAUGAUGAUUAUGGCAACAGUACAAAUCUUGAAAUAAUCACACCGACCGCGAAUGAAAUCGCAUUACUGACUCGGCGAAUUGCAAACCUUAAGAAAGAGCUACAAAAAUUGUCGGCAUUGGCACCACCGCCUAUACUUCUGUUGCCUUCUGCAUGUAACGGCCGUGUACGCGUCUACGCCAACCACUAUUACCGUACUGUGAAAUUCAUAGGCGAGCAUUUGUGUCUGACGGGACAGCUCGAACCUUUUCUCGUUUCUCCGCUCACCCAUGAAGCCAAUGCAUUUUCAUCCCGAUAUUCUGAAGGCUUUGCUGGCAUAACUGGAAAAUAUCAGACUAAUAUAAACACCGGAUGCAGCAACCACGCUCCAGGUAAUGCGGUGAUGUAUAAAAUCAAUAGUAAACAUCAGGGGAGUGAAAAUGAAUGGAUUGAAUUAGAGAUGGCCGGGAUUCACAAUUACUUGAAGAAACAUCCAGAUGCUAUUGCAGACGAAUUUUUCAAACUUCAAACUGAGGAAAGAGCCGCCUAUACAACAAAGACUCUUUAA